AUGGAAGAUACGAUGCAACAAAUCAGUGAUAUUCUGAGUGAUAUUCCAAGUGCUCUGUUGCAGUCGGAUCCGUUUGCAAUGACUCCAUUGCAUAUCCUGGCACUAGCCCAAACACCAAGACUAGAACUUUUUCAAGUCCUCUCGUCGGUAGAUCCAGCCCUCUCGGCGAGAGAUCAGUUUGGAUCGACUCCACUGGACUAUCUUGAGAAAAAUAUUUCCGAGGGAGGUUUGCAGGUGACUCGAUGGUUGGUGCAGCAAGUUGUGGAACAGAAAGGAGCAUUCCUCGGCCUAGACCGAUGGAAGCAAGAGCUAUUUGUCAUGAAGGAAGGAAUCGAAAGGGCUGACUGCUCUUCGACCAGGAACCGUGAAAUCCAGUCGCUUUUGGAUAGGCUUGCGAAGUUGGAAUUCCUUGAGGUGCUUUCGUUGGCGGAAUUGGUUCUUUGGAAAAUCAAAUUGGGCGAGAAUACAUUGGAUCAAGAGAGCAUUGAUCGAGAAAGCAGUCGGAUCCAUUGUGGUAUUUCCAUUCUCGUUGGGAACGUUUUACCCUUUCUCGGGAAAGAGUAG